AGUGACAACGGUCUGCUCAGUGCUGCCAGUAAACUCACCGUUUUGCAAACAUCACACUGGCAGGACUCUCGCAUAAAGUUGGCGUCCCACUUUCGCUGAUGUGUCGGACCUUGGCAUCGCCCACGCACAGGUUCUCCUGCUAUUUCUACUUGGUCAUCUUUGGUCUCAGCCCUUAGUCUUGGAAAUACGCGUGCAGUCAUCACCUAAACCCUCUCAGCCAAACUCCAUCUACAGUCCACAUCAUGAUAUUCCUAUGCCCAUCUUCUCCUAGUACCACCCACCACUAAGCCCAGCCUCCAUCCUCAUCGUUUUGCUUUCGUCGUUCCAUCAUGCCCGGUAGCGCCGCGGCAGAAAUACAAUCUAUAAGACUUGAAGUUAUCGGUGGACAGAAUCUUCAAGUCCCUUCCAAGCGCAUGCCCGCUGGUAUUCACAUAUCCAUCAAUGUCGAUUCGAGCAGACGCUGGAAAUCAGCCAUUAGAGUCUUGUCAUCCGACACAUCUGUAGCGUGUGGAUAUACCGUGACCCUAUCAUCACACGAGUCACCUGCAUUAUCAACGGAGAUUAGAGCGUCCUUUGAACUCGAUCGAAUGCUGGGCAAUGAUGAGCCAUUUGAACUGUCCUUCCCACCCGUUCGCGGUGUCAAUCCUUCGCUCACGCUGAAGGCUACUGUUGCACAUGUUAGCGAUAAUCAGGACGGCGCACUACUUGACUCCCUCGUAGACUGCGAGAGUGCUCGAGAAACAGAUGCGGGCCAUGUACAAUUCUCCAGAUACAUGAGACACGAUAGGGUCUCUCACCUGAACGGUGCUGUAGAGCGUUUUCAGUUGGUUCUGGACCGCUGUCCGGUCGACCAUCCUGACCACGCAGCAGCUCUCACCAACCUCGCGCGGGCACGCCUUCAAGGCUACAUUCAAAACGAUCUCCAAGACAUUGAUACCACCACUUCCCUCUUCCGCGAAGCCCUUGCAUUGCGUCCGCAGGGCUAUCCCAACCACACAUUAUCUCUCCAUAAUCUCACUUUCGCAUUGAACUGGCGCUACAGCAAGGAGCCCACUGCCGUCUAUAUUCAUGAACCCCUGCAACUGUGCUGCAAGCUACUGCCCCUCUGUCCAGAGGGCACCUACCUUCGUAGCAUCGGCGUAGACACCGUGCUCGAGCUCUGCCCUCUGGGCCAGAAAUACCGUCCAAGCGCACUUGAUAAACUUUCAUGGGCUCUCGGAACACGCUUUAGACAGCGUGGCAGCAUUGAUGAUAUAGAUGAGAGCAUACAACUUCGUCGUGAAGCUGUUUCUCUGUGCCCCAAGGGGCAUUCUGACCGUUGUAUCUACCUGAACAACUUGGCCUUCUCACUCGAAUCCCGCUUCGAUCACCAAGGCAAAUCUCAUGACCUUGAGGAGGUCAUCUCCAUGCAUGAAGAGGCGCUGUGCCUGUGUUCUGUUGGGCACGAACUUCGUGGUUACUCAUUGGGCAACUUAGGGGGUGUCCUCCGCACCUGUUUCAGCAAACUCGGUGAUGUAGGUGACAUCAACCGAGCUGUCAGCCUCUAUCGCGACGCACUGAUGUUGCACCCACCUGGGCAUCCACGCCGUGAUACCAUGCUUAACAACCAUGCCAACACGCUCAACAUCAGAUAUGUCGAAUUGCGUGUCAUCGAGGAUCUUAACGAGGCCAUUGAGCUGUAUCGCGAAUCUCUUCUGUUAAAGCGGCUUGAUGAUCUAGAGUGGCAUAGGAUUCUUAUAAAUUUUAGCUCAGCGCUCUGUUUUCGUUUCACGCGAACUCGGCAGAAUGAGGAUGUCGAGGAGGCUAUUUUCGACUCUGCCAAGAGUCAGAACUACAGACUCGCGUCACGACACCCUGCUCAAGGAUUCCCACAACGCAUUCUUCAGGCACAUGAUUGGAUUGUCAAAGCGGAGCAGCAUGGCGAUGGAUCUGCACUGGAGGCUUACUCAACAUUUUUCGAGCUUCUCGAUGCUCAUUUGGGAACACGAUCAUCAACCACUUCGCGGCGCGAAGCUGCCGCCAUCUUCCAUUAUGCCAGAUCACUACAUGGAGAUGCAGCAUCAUGUGCCAUCCGCAGUGACGAUCUCCGACGCGCAGUUGAACUUGUGGAGCAGGGCCUUGAAGACCUCGAAUCAGGACAUCCACAUCUAGCCCACAAAUUUUCGGAGCUGAGCAAGCGCGUUUCCAACGCCGCUCAGGGUUCUGCAGCCAUCACCGACAGAGCCGCUGUUGAUCAAGCAGCAACAGAGUAUAGGAGACUUACCGCGCAAUGGGAUGCUGCUGUAGCUGAAAUACGUAAUCUCCAAGCUUUCUCGUGGUUCCUACUUCCACCUUCGUACGAAGACUUGCAAGUGGCAGCUCGCAAUGGCCCAGUCAUGGUCCUCGUUGCCAGCCAAUACUCGUGCAGCGCCAUUGUUGUCCCGACGUCAGGAGAGCUCCAUCAUAUUCCCUUGUCGUCUGUCACUCUCACAGAUCUGGAGAAUCUCAAGGGUCGCUUCGCCAGAGCGAUAUAUCAAGCAUCUCGAAUGAGCAUAACAGAAUCAAGGACGGACCUAAUAGUCUUAUUGCGGAUGGUAUGGGGCGAGAUCAUGCUACCCAUCGUCAAUGUACUUGAGCAUGUCCUCAGAUUAAAGCGCAGGUCCCGAAUCUGGCUAUGUCCAACUGCAGCCUUCACCUCCAUUCCUCUCCACGCAGCUCACCCCUUUCAAAUGAAAGCGGAUCGCUCUGGGAAGGAGCCGUGCCUAGAGGAUAUCUACAUCUGUUCUUACACGCCGACACUUUCGGCGCUGAUCAGAUCUAUGCAGAUGAUGAAGAACCAUGUGCCUUCGUCGUUCGUGGCGAUCGGACAGGGUCAACCGCGUGCAGGCAAAGGCAAGGUACUCUUAGCUGUCGACAGCGAGCUCGAGCUUGUCCAUAAGCUUGUCCCCGCAACAGCCAGCCGUUCCACUCUUUCUGGCGACGCAGCCACACGAGCAAAUGCACUCGAAGCCCUGGAACAGAACUCAUGGGUGCACCUCGCUUGUCACGGCAAGCAGGACCACAACCAGCCUUACGAUUCCCAUUUCGUCAUGAAGGACGCACCUCUCACGCUGCUCGACAUCAUCGACAAAGACAUUCCGCAUGCUGAGUUCGCGUUCUUGUCGGCGACAAGCGGACCCCUGAUGAAGUCAUCCAUCUCGCAGCUGGACUUCAGUUUUCAGGCUUUCUACGAGAAUAUGGUCAAGCAUGUGGAAGAUGGCGAGUUCAUGGACUGUACAAAGGCGGCUUGGGCACUCAACCGUGCUACUCACGCUGUGAAGACGAAAGUGCCGCUCGAGCAGAGGAUGGUGUUUAUCGAUAUCGGUGUGUAGUUUAACGUUGUUGUAAUAUUGCUUUCAUCUGGUAAAGAUUUACGUGUCAUUGGUUCUCUACCCUCCUGUGCUCCCUUCAAGUAGUGGUAUUAGGGCUGUCGUCGUGACGCCGUGGCACAUUUUCCCUGCUUCAGUUGAUGGUGCUUUCGGGAUUGGCGUCUCUUUCAUGGUAGCCUGGAGACUCUCUGUAUAGUCAGACUGUCAGGUAGCGAACGAAAAAAAAAAACUGGCUCGAAAUACUUGCCAGGCCAGGAAUGCACUGGCGCUUUAUCGAUUAUAUAAUUAUCCUUUGAGCAGCCUGAGGUCAACCUCGUUGUAG